CGUGCAACUUGAAAACCUCAACAUGGAAGAACGCAACUACCCAGGUAGGUUAUAAGCCCGAUGAUAUCUAUGGCUGUAGAAAGGUUGUUCAAGUGCAGUUGUCUGCCAAAACUCGGUCUCGUCCUGAUGAGGAGGUGCUUGGGUAAGCCCAGCGAUGAAAUGCUCCAGACGAGGCAUAAAUCUGCUUGAAUGAAUUUAUAGCCUAAAGAGACCACAUUCGUCAACCUGGAAUACGAAACUCCACGGUCUGGCGGUCAGGAAGAGUUUUGAAAGAAUAUUUUCCAGAAUAACCUGAUUGGUCCCUUCCGUAUGAAUAUCAUCGAGCAGUAACUUGGAAACUCGGAUGAGGAAUCUGAUUCCUACAUGUGAUUGAAUCCGAAGGUAGGAUGUCUGGAUUUGUGAGAAUGAGCAGACCGCAUUCUUAUCCAUCAUAUCUUCUGUCGAGAAGAAGCAGCCUUAUGGAACUAGGUGAGGGAGCUCAAUCUAACAAGAGGAGCUUUUGGGAUCCUUGUGGGCUCAAUACGAAACCCCGAUAGGGAGCGAGACUGGAACUCUAUGGGUAACAUCUGUUGUUGAGUGUAUAGAAUUGCCCGGAAGGAUAGUGAAAUUUAUUUACAGUGGGGUGUACGCAUACAUCGAGAGCUAACUGUCUAACCAUCCCAUCAUCUCACCGAUAUAUGGGAUGCUGAUUCUUUUUCUUUACGAAGUUUUAUAUUUCCCAGGCUGAACGACAUUUCUGAAUAAUAAUCGUCUGGUUCUUCUAGCGGAAUUAACUUCAAGAGAAUUACAUAGAAUAUCUUCCUUAACAUUUUAUUAUUCUAUUGUUCCGUCAUGGGAUCCGCAAGAGAUGUGCCCGGGGGUGUGGCUAUCGACCCAACCCCCUUUUUCUCCAGGCGUGCACAGCGAUGGGAACCAGGAGCCAUUCGGAGCCUUCUCCCUCUGGAGUCUGUGCCAGGAAUGAUAUCUCUUGUUGCCGGAAAACCUAGCCCAGAAACGUUUCCUUUCGCCAAAUUAUCAAUAUCGCUCAAAGAUUCAAAUGAGAGUACUAUAGUCCUUGAAGAAUCUCUAUUGAGAGAAGCACUUCAGUAUGGAUUGCCAGGAGGGAAUGCAGAAUUAAUUCAGUGGUUUAGAGGCCUUCAGAAGAGAGUUCACGGCCUCCCUGAAUCUGGCGACUGGGCUUGCUGCGUUGGCAAUGGGAGUCAGGAACUUAUCUACAGGGCAUUCCAACUCUUCACUGACCUAGGUGACCCUGUCUGCCUUGAAACGCCGGCAUAUCCUGGAGUUGUAGGAUUUCUCAGGGCAGAUGGACAUCAUUUAAUUGAAGUUAACUCGGACAUCGAUGGCCUGGAUCCGUCUGAACUCGAGAGGAUCCUCUGCAGCUGGCCUGAGAAACACCGACUCCCAAGAGUUCUUUACACGGUUCCAACAGGAUCGAACCCAACAGGAAGGUCGUCCACUGAGUCACGGAAAGCUGAAAUAUGA